ACUCCUGCAGCAAUCUGUACCCUCAGUCACAGCGAUGGACAUCUUAAGCAUCACUCUCCAUCUGUAUAUGAUCUACAUCUGUGUGGAAAGAAUCUCUGGAGUUAUUGAGAACCUGAGAGUCAGACAAGGACAAAACAUCACCCUGUACUGUGAGUUUAAGGUAGAGAAUACAUUUGAAAUAGGAUGGCGCAGAAACUGUUCUCAUGUGAAUCAGCCACCACUCACACUAGAAGGCAAGUGGAUCCCACCUCGCUUCACUCUCCUGUGGAACACCUCUUCUAAUUCUGUUGAUUUGAUGAUCGAGAACAUCACUGAGCAUGACCUGGGUCUUUAUUACUGCCGCAAUGCAAACACAAAUCAAGAAAGAAAGAUCGUAAAGAUAUUGUUAGAAGAGCCCCCACCCAGUCCUCAGCCCUCUUGCCCUCCUUCUCCUGACUGUGGUCAGUGCUGGAUGCUGCUAAUCGUUCUGUGUCCAGUGUGUUCACUCAUUUCUGCCCUCAUCUCCUCCAUCUGCACAUACUACUUCUUCCACAACAAAGAACCAAAGAAGAUGGAGUUCUACCCAAGCACCACCAACAGGAAAGACAGAAGUAGAAAACAGGAUGGGGACCUGUGCUAUGCUUCACUGGACUUUCCUCCUGGAGGACACAAACCAAGACCCAAGAAAAAGACACGGCAAAACAAUGACCUUAGCACCUACUCAGACAUCAGAACUGGCACAGAGUUACGGUAGCAAUGAUGAAUCCUGGGGUUGCUGUGCCUCCUCCAUCGACACUCCUCCUGGACGAGGGUCC